GGAAGCUGCAGAAGCACAGGAAGAGCUGCUGCUGUUUAAACAAGAGCUCAACAUAUAUAUAUAUAUAUAUAUAUAAAGCAGAAGACGAGUGUCAGACACACAGAAUGGCUGAUAGGAGUCCUCUGUUUCUGCUGCUCAUCUUCUGGACACUCAGCACAGGUGUGUUUGGAGCAGAAUGGCGUCCCCUGUCCUGCAGUUCUGGACAAACUGUUCAUCUGCCCUGUAUUAAUACUGUUCAGCACUGCAGACCAUCAGAAACUACAUGGCUCUACAGCAAAGACAACCAGGCAGUUGAGCUGAUUAAUUUUGGGUUAAAGAAAAGAAACUCAGAGAGACUGAAUCUGGGCUCUGACUGCUCUCUGAACAUCAGUAGAGUCACAACAGAAGAUGCUGGAUAUUACACCUGUCAACAGUGGAGUGGAGAAGGAGGACACCAGUAUGGAACUUAUGCACGUGUGUUGCUGCAUGUUGUUGCUGUCUCUCCAUCAUCAUCAUCAUCAUCAUCAUCAUCUGAUAUUUGUCCAGCUGAAGCUAAAACAACAACAGCAGCAGCAGUGACUCCAGUUCACAACAAAAACCCCAAAACAGAAAAACCCAGAGCUGCUUCACCAGCUGGAGCUCAAAUACCAGCAGCAGUGACUCUAGUUUACAACACAACCAGUCCACAAUCUUCAUCAGCAGCAGUGAGUGUGAUUGUUGCUGUCGUCGCUGUGUUUGCUCUUCUGUUUUCUGCUCUUAUUGUCUGGCUGAUUCACAACAGAUUAGCUGAUGAUGAAGAAGAGGACUGUGACUCUUCUCUGCUGACGUCUGUGGUGUUUUCAGAGACUCCAGCAGAACACAUGUGGAAGAGAAUGAAGUGAGUAGAUCUGAUCUCCUUCACUGUCUGUUCAUCAGUGUCCACCGACUGAAGGAGAUUUAGACAUCUUUACCCUCAAAUCACACACUUCACCAACACUGCGUCCAGAAUCACACACUCCACCAACACUGCGUCCAGAAUCACACACUUCACCAACACUGCGUCCAGAACCACACACUCCACCAACACUGCGUCCAGAAUCACACACUCCACCAACACUGCGUCCAGAAUCACACACUCCACCAACACUGCGUCCAGAAUCACACACUCCACCAACACUGCGUCAGAAUCACACACUCCACCAACACUGCGUCCAGAAUCACACACUUCACCAACACUGCGUCAGAAUCACACACUCCACCAACACUGCAUCCAGAAUCACACACUUCACCAACACUGCGUCUAG